UGAAUAGUGUAUAUAUUCCACCUUUAAUCAAAUAGAAACAGUAUUAAAUAAGUAUCUCAGGACGUAUUCCCGGAAACUGCGAAUCCAUAGCAACGCGGGGUCAAGACGUAUCUCAGGCGCAACAACGCGGGGUUAAGACGGCAGCUCAGGCGGUCAGCGACGCCACAACAGGACAUAAUUCAGCCGUCUUUCUCCGUGGUAUCGUAAACGCCAAAUCAGUUCACAUCUAUUACCCCCAUUGCUAACGUUAUUUUGGAUACUUCCACAUGGUGGCAAGUCGACAAGGCUCUGUGCAAGUAUCUCUGAAAUGAAAGGCUCCCGCAUAUACCGUCUAUUCAUAUUGAUCCUAUGCUUAGCGCUCACAUUCGGAGCUCCUCCUGAUUACGAGGGACCCGAUUUGGAAGCAGAGUUCAGCAGCAGCUCAAAAAAUCCGGCCCCCAAUUCCCCGCUAUCUCUCACCCCUAAAGAGGAUACUGCAAUUGUGGCAGCUCCAGAUGGUAUGAUACAUCUUGUAGAGCUGAGUUCAGGAAAAAUUCUUUGGUCAUUUACAUCGGGUCCAUCCAUCUACUCUUCAUUUCAAUCUCUGACUGAUAACCAUGCCAAUGACCGUAAUGUGUCCACUGAGGGAGAUAACUUUUAUAUAGAUUGCGGAGAAGAUUGGAAACUUUAUCUGCAUGGGGAUGACUUUGACAGAGUGGAGAUCUCACAGAGUAUUGAAGAAUUUAUAAAACAAACUCCAUAUGUCUUAGAUGGUGGAAUCAUGCUAGGGUCGAAAAGGACCACUGCAUUUCAUAUUAAUUCUAAAACUGGGAGAGUGAUUCAUAUAUGCGGAUCAGAUAUGCUUGGGGACGAGGAAGCUGUUGGAAAUCCAAUUAUGGUAAGGAAAGACCUUGAAGAUUGGAAAGCAUCUAGUGAAACAGACAAUGGUGUGAUUGACAGUCCACUGUACAUCAUUAGAACUGAUUAUGCUGUUAAGUACACAUCUACAAAGACAGGGAAAGUUUUAUGGAAUCUACAGGUUGCUGAUUUUGAAGCGUCAUUGCAUUGUGAACAAACUGAGAAAUUUCUUGGGGGACUUUCUAGUCAAGGCCAAGAGUUUGCUCCAGGUAAGGAAGGUUGUCAGACCAAGCCAUUUGUCUACAGAAUUCGUGAUCGCAGUUCAUUAGAAUCAUUUUUUAUGACUGUUAGGUCACAAAAUGCUCUUCCUGGAGGCACAUAUCUUUCUUUACCUGCUGCAGAUCAUAAUUAUCCUGUAAUACCGGCUGACAAAAUUUUCAGAUUACAUCAGAACAAAAAAGGCAAAGUGUUUCGCGCUUUGCCUGCUCCUUGUACUGAUGGAUUUGCAAUCAUGGGACUGCCUGCAGGAGAUAAUAGUCAAGUGGCCAUUGAAUCUAGUUUUUUAACCGGGUCUUAUUUAUGGUCUUUUGUUAUAUUUGGAACUUUUGUACUGCUCAUUGUGGCUUUUAUUUUCUGUAUGGCUUCUUGGGUAAUGGAGAAUUGGAAUAAAUUGCGAAGUGAAGUUUUGGAUAAAAAAGUUGAAGUUAUGACAACAAAAAAGAAGAAACUACGGAAGUCUGGAAUUAGCCAGAGAUUUACAAAUACCGAGAAAAUUGAGAAAAUGGGUUUUAAUCAUGAGACUUCUCCCGGACAUGGAUUUCCAGAUAUGGAAAACAUUAUACACCAGAUGCAGGUUAACUUAUUCGAUAGGCACAGUGGAGUGGUAGAUGGGCGCACAAUAGGUAAAUUGUUUGUCUCUCAAAAAGAAAUUGCCAAGGGAAGCAACGGCACAGUCAUACUAGAGGGUAUAUAUGAUGGUCGUCCAGUUGCUGUUAAGCGUCUAGUAAAGGCGCAUCAUGAUAUAGCACUGAAAGAGAUUCAGAAUCUUAUUGCAUCUGAUCAGCACCCAAACAUUGUACGGUGGUAUGGAGUGGAGUAUGAUCAAGAUUUUGUCUACCUUUCUCUCGAGCGCUGCACCUGUAGCUUAUAUGAUUUUGUUUCAGCAUAUUCUAGCUUUUUUGAGGAGCACCUUUAUGCGACAAACCAAUAUGCCAUCUCUAGAAGUGAUUGCAAUCCAGAAGGACACUGGUCAUCUAAUGAUAAUUACAAUGCAGCAGAUUUUGAGUUGUGGAAAACCAAUGGUUAUCCUUCACAAAAGUUGCUGAAACUCUUGAGUGAUAUCGUUCACGGCCUUGUCCAUUUGCAUGAACUCGGUAUUAUUCAUAGAGACCUAAAGCCUCAAAAUGUUCUAGUAGUAAAAAAAAGAAUAAUUCGUGCAAAGAUUUCAGAUAUGGGUAUCAGUAAGCGCCUUGCUGGAGACUUUUCUUCAUUAACCAAGCAUGCCACUGGUAAUGGAAGUUCAGGGUGGCAAGCACCUGAACAACUUCGUCAUGAACGUCAAACUCGUGCUGUAGACUUAUUUAGUCUAGGCUGUGUCAUGUUCUUCUGCAUUACUGGUGGCAAACAUCCAUAUGGUCAGAGUCUUGAACGUGAUACAAAUAUAGUAAAUGAUCAGAAAGACCUCUUUUUGAUAGAGAAUAUGCCUGAAGCAACUGAUCUGAUAUCUCAACUCCUACAUUCAAAUCCAGACUUCAGGCCAACGGCUGUGGAGGUACUGAAUCACCCUUUCUUUUGGAAGCCUGAAACAAGGCUGUCUUUUCUUCGAGAUGCUAGUGAUAGGCUAGAACUUGAGGAUAGGGACAGUGAAUCCGAGAUCCUGACAGCAAUAGAAAGUAUCAAGACAGUGGCUUUGGGCGGCCCGUGGGAUGCAAAAAUGGACAGUGCCUUCAUCAAUGACAUUGGUCGUUAUAGGCGCUACAAAUUUGACAGUGUUAAAGAUCUAUUGCGGGUGAUUAGAAACAAGCUAAACCAUUACCGAGAGCUCUCAAUGGAGAUUCAGGGACUUUUGGGGCAGGUUCCAGAAGGAUUUGAUGCCUACUUCUCUACCCGCUUCCCCAGUCUUGUAGUGGAAGUUUACAAAGUCAUUCAAAGAUAUUGUGCGGAUGAACAAAUCUUUCGAAGCUAUUUCCAAAACAGUCAUAUUUAACACCUAUUCAUCUAUAUACUGUUCAUCUGUGAUUAUUAGCUUUUCCAUUUUUAACCUUUUGAGUUGCUAACUUGUAUUUGUGUGUAUAUAUGAUGUAAAUUGCGAUCAUUAAUGAUUAAUGUAACAAUAACAUAUGCU